AUGUGGCCGAUGUCGGCGUCGGACAGGGAUCACCUGCCGCGUAUUCACGCGAUGGCGGCGUCUCGCGAAGACCACAUUUCCACCAUGCCCUCUGUGGCAGCGGCCUGCCGUGUCUCCGAACCGCUUCCUCGCCUGUACACGAGCGCGGCCAUGCUAGGCCGCAUCUAUGCACCGAGCGCACCACACCGCAUAACGAACGGAACUGCGAGCACCCACGGUCGCGCAACCCCUGGGCGCCGUUUUCACGCUGUACCUGCCGAAAGUCGAGCGGCCAAGACAAAGUAUAUGCACUGCAGGUAUCCGUACCAUCUCAUGCCCCUUGGAUCAUCCUUCCACACGCCGGUCUGCUACUACAGAGAUGCGCUGCGCUUUGCACAGACCGUGGAGGAGUCCCAGAGGACAGCCAUCAAAUUUGAAGAGCGCCGAUGCUGGUCGCGUCUGCAGAAGAAGUGCACGUCUCACGCGCAACGGCUUGCGCCUACUUCUAGGCAGACUCCGCAUCUCGCCUGCAGCGCGAAGCCGCCGCAGCCUGUGAAGACGGUCGAGCCUGCCGCGUUUCCCAUCGUGGCCUACGACUCCAUGUCAUCUGUAGCGGAAAGCAAGCUGGAAGAUGAGGACGACAACUCUUUUGCUCCGCCAUCUCCCCGCGUACUACAGGAGAAGGAGGCCAACAACAUCGUCGAGAAUGUGAUGAGGGCAAGCAAUGUCAGCGCGCAUGCAGGUGAGUCUGCAACGGGCAACUCCUCCACGCUUCCUCUCUUUCUCGGCGAUGAACCGUCGCGGCGCCCGUGCGAGACCAAAAGGCAUCUGCCCGCCCUGCCUGCGCAGCUAACAGGUCCGUCAAGACUUGCUGCCUCCAAGUUCGAUGAGCGAGACGCGGGCGCGCAACACGAGGUGUUGGAACAGCAGUCUCCUCUCUUAGUGGAGACGCCUUUGACGUCACACGUGACUUCGCUGUCCAUCUCACACCACUACACCGAGCCAGCACCGGCUGUGGCGCCGGCCUCGGAGUUUGCGGUGUACCCACUGGUGCCUCGCGCCGCCGCGCACGAAGAUUCAAGCACAACAUUGAAGACGGUGACGAUGUCUGGGACCCCACACGAUAACCCGGGGGCGCUAAUUGGCUUAGAUACGCUGCGCACUGAGCGUCUGCUUGAGGCGCUGCAGUGGGUAGAGGCUGCCAUUCAGCACGCGGCGGAGUUGAAGGCACAUAAGUCCACCGCGCCACCACAACCGUGCUUAUUAGACGCGGCGCACCGCACAGCUGUGCGCCAGGGCACCAAACCGAUACAACCUCCUCAGCACACUCCUCAGGAGGAGCACCCACCUUGGGAGCGCACCCCUAUGACAGAGGUCGUGCCGCGGCGCGAGAAUGUGCCCUUUGAAGGCCUGGAGGAGCUGCGUCCACUGCGGAGGAAAGAGGCUGUUGCUCUGGUGAGCUCCUGCUUUUCAGCCGUACUCGGCGCUGUGUCCGAAUCGAUGCGCAGUAAGGGGACACCGGACACGCUACACGCAGCCAUCACUGCACCGACAGAGGACGAAACCGCUGCGAGCCCGUCGCCAUCGGUGCCGCCACGCCCGACCUCUGCUGCAUCUGAGGGAAUUUUGCGCCAGCUGCGGUUGGACGUGUCGCGUACGAUGGUGAGCUCCAUCUUGAGUUGCACUGCUGCGGUUCACAGGCCGUUAGUGCCGUGCAACCGGAUAUAUUCCGCAGACAGGUAG